CAUCCCACUUCCCAGCCAUUUUCACAAGUACCAGACAAUCCUCGCAAAAUGGUGAGUCUCCGCGUUCUGCUCGUGCUCGCUCUGAUGGCGGUGAUGCAGGUGUGCUUCGCCGCUGCGUGGAACUCGUACGGCGGGCACGACGACGACGGCGGCUUCUACGGCGGUGACAGGGACGACGGGCACGACGGGCACGACGGGCACGACGGGUACGACGGCGACCGAGAUCACGGGUACGAUGGCGGGUACGACGACGCAGGGCACCGCGGUUGGUAGUUGUCUGCCGCGGGCGCUUCUCCUCGCGGCUCCGAGUGAACCAGAAAUAUAUAGAGGAAGAACAUGAGAA